AUCAUAAUUCAGUCAAAUUGACUUAAAAUUCAUUCAAAGAUCUCCCAAAGAAACAUAAAAUAGAAAAACAUACGACUUUGUGCUCAGAAUGGAGAGUUGAAAAUUCAGCCAUGGCUACAAGGGUCCGGUCAACGCCUUUUUAAGCCUCUCUUUUGACUUUUUCCACCACCGCCUCUAUAAAUCCCUCUCCCGUUUCUUCAUUUUUCAGCUCAAUCAAAAUUCAAAAUCCUUCUCAUUGCUUCAUCAAUCCGCAAAAUUUCCCUUCAACUUCUCGUUCUGUUCUUACCAGAUUUCCCUUUCCCCUGUUUUUCUGGUUACAUCACGGUGGCGACAACGGCGGCGCUGGCUGAAACUCCUACUGUUCAGUCAAAUAAAUGGAGGGCUCAGAUGGAAGCUAUGGCGGCGCACCGCCGCCAUUUCUGACCAAAACAUACGAGAUGGUGGAUGAUCCGAUGACCAACUCCGUCGUGUCAUGGAGUAAAAGUGGUUACAGCUUCGUGGUUUGGAACCCACCGGAAUUCGCCAAAGAAUUGCUCCCAGUUUAUUUCAAACACAACAAUUUCUCUAGCUUCGUUCGUCAAUUGAACACUUACGGGUUCAGGAAGGUAGAUCGAGAUCAAUGGGAAUUUGCUAACGAGGGGUUCAUAAGAGGACGAACCCAUCUUCUAAAAAGCAUCCAUAGACGCAAACCAAUCUUCAGCCAUAGCCAGAGCCAGAGCCAGAGCCAUGGCAGUGGAGCUCCAUUGUCCGAGCUGGAGAGGCAAGAACUGGAGCUAAAAAUCAAAACCCUUCAUCAAGAAAAGACCAUUCUCCAAACCCAGCUGCAAGAACACGAAAAUGAAAAGGAACAAAUCGGGCGUCAAAUUCAAACAAUGUGUCAGCAGAUAUGGCGAAUGGGGAACCAACAGAAGCAGCUGAUAGCAAUAAUGGCGGCGGAGUUGCAGAAGGAUCAGUCGAGGAAAAGGAGAAAGAUAGGGAAAUUGAGUGAGUUUUUGGGUGAGGAAUGGUUGGAAGUUGAGAGAGAUGAGAGGAAUGGGUUGAAGAAUGGUUUGGAGGUUCCGGCAUUGGAGCUGAUGGGGAAGCUGGAAGUGUCGUUGGGGUUGUGUGAGGAUUUGCUGUGCAACGUGGCGGAGGUUCUGGGCGGAGAGAUGAGCGGGAAGAGGAAGGAAAUGGAGGGUAAGGGUGUGAAAGAAGGGGAAAAGAGAGGGGAAAAUGGAGUGAAUGAUGUGUUUUGGGAACAGUUUUUGACAGAGGUUCCGGGGUGUUCCAAUGGUGGGGAAGUUUAUUUGGAUAGAAGGAGUAAUGUUUUAAGGUAGAUUAGGGGUUUGUAAAUGAUUUAGAUUUCCUUCUUUGUUGUUCACAUUACAAUUCAUUACCAUUCUCUCCGGGAAAGGUUCAAA